CCACCUACGGUCAUUAAUUAUUCAUAAAGCCUCCUCGAGCGCCUGCAGGAGAAAAGUUAGCGCGACUCCUGAACGGCAUGAACAUGGAGCUGAAGAAGCGCGCGCUGCUGCCGCUGCUGCUGCCGCUGCUGCUGCCGCUGCUGCUCAUCUUACAGGGUUGGUGUAUUGAACACUCUCAGGGAUUUAACGUGGGAACAUCAGGAGCCAAAAUAUUCUUGGGCCCAAAAGCUGAUGAGUUUGGAUACACAGUGCAGCAGUUCAGCAAUCACCAAGGGAAAUGGUUAUUAGUGGGAGCUCCUUGGACAGGCUACCCCCAGAAUAGGAAAGGAGAUGUGUACAAAUGUGCGAUUGCAGGACCUACGACUAAAUGCGAUAAACUCAACCUACAGAAAGACAUCGACAUAACAAACGUGCAGAACAUCAACGUGAACAUGAGUCUGGGUCUGACCCUGAUUCGAACCACCAAAAACAGCGGAUUUAUGACAUGUGGUCCUCUCUGGGCUCAGAGUUGUGCUACUCAGUAUUUCUACCCCGGAGUGUGUGCAGAAGUGAGCGCUCUGUUCGUGCCGCAGCCGGCCUUCGCUCCUGCACUGCAGACUUGCGGUGGGCCGAUGGACAUCGCUAUAGUUCUUGACGGAUCGAACAGCAUUUAUCCCUGGCCUCCUGUGGUGACUUUUCUUGUGAAGCUCUUACAGCACCUUGACAUCGGACCCCAGCAAUCACAGGUCAGCGUCAUUCAGUAUGGCGUCGAUCCUACGAUGGAGUUCAAGAUGAACACGUAUAAAACCAGAGAUUCGAUCGUAAAGGCGGCUUCGACAAUCCCUCAGAGAGGUGGAACUGAGACGAACACUUUCAAAGCUAUCGAGUUCGCAAGAGCGAACGCUUUUCUGCCUGCAAACGGCGGACGUCCAGGUGCCAGUAAAGUGAUGGUGGUGGUAACAGACGGAGAGUCUCAUGAUAACUCCAAGAGAAACACGGUCAUUCCAGCAUGUGAGAAGGACGGCAUCACUCGCUUCGGCAUUGCUGUCCUCGGGUACUACAUAAGGAAUAACAUCGACAGCAAAAAGCUCAUAGAUGAAAUCAAGUCCAUUGCCAGCAGUCCGUCAGAUAAAUAUUAUUUCAACGUGUCUGCUGAAGACGCUCUCCAAGAGAUCGCCGGAACCCUGGGAGAUCGGAUCUUCAACAUCGAAGGCACAGGGACAGGUGGCGAAUUUGAGAUGGAAAUGUCGCAGGUUGGCUUCAGCGCACAUCAGACCAAAAACGAGGACGUGUUGAUGCUGGGGGCCGCCGGGGCGUACGGAUGGACCGGAACGGUUGUGCAUAAAACUGCACAGAAAUCAGAGAUUUUCCCCAAAGAAGCUUUUCAGCAAAUCCUAGAAGACAAAAAUCACAGUUCACUGCUGGGAUACUCUGUCACCACCCUGUACAGCGGUUCUACAGAGUACUUUGUGGCCGGCGCUCCUCGCUCCAACCACACGGGUCAGGUGGUUGUGUACACGCUGAACAAACAGAGACAGCCUGACAUCCGACACUCGCAGAGAGGAGAUCAGAUCGGCUCGUACUUCGGAAGCGUGCUGUGCCCCUUGGACGUGGAUCGUGAUACUGUUACUGACCUUCUUCUGGUUGGAGCUCCGAUGUACAUGAGUGAAAAGAAGAAGGAAACAGGCAAAGUUUACAUCUUCACCGUCACUGACGGGUUUUUGAGUAGUCAGGGGUUUCUGGAAGGUUCCUCACCGCUGGAGAACGCUCGAUUCGGGAUGGCCAUCGCCGCCGCUCCUGACCUCAACCUGGACGGCUUCAACGACGUGGUGGUCGGAGCUCCACUGGAGGAGAACGGACAGGGAGCCAUUUAUAUUUACAACGGAGACGCAAAGAGCAUCAGGAAGCAGAGCUCACAGAAAAUUGUGGCCAUGAAACUGGAUCCGACGUUGCGUUAUUUCGGCCGUUCUUUAGACGCCAGUGGAGAUCUGAACGGAGACUUGGUCCCGGACGUCUCAGUGGGGAGUUAUGGGAACGUGCUUCAGCUCUGGUCCAGGGCCGUGGCGGUGGUGACGGCCCGGGUCACGUUCACGCCGGAUCAGAUCAGCAUCCUCAGUAAAUCCUGUAGUCUCGGAGGACGGAUGGUGUCGUGUUUUAAAGCCACGGUCUGCUUCGUGGCAGAGUUCAGACCAUCGAACUCGGUCGGACCUGCAGAGAUUAAGUACAACAUGACGCUGGACGCUGACCUGCAGUCGUCUCGAGUCACCUCUAGAGGUCACUUUGGGAACUCUGAGCGAGUGGUCCAACAGGACUUCAGCGUUUCUACGACCGAGUCGUGUGCAGAUCAUCAGGUGUACGUUCAGGACACUCCUGACCUCGUCAACUCCAUCGCCGUCCGAGUCGACAUCACGCUCCAGAAGCCAGACUCCAGCCCCGUCCUGGACACCUUCAGUCCCGCAGCGUGGGAUUUUUUUAUCCCGUUUUCUAAAGACUGUGGUACUGAUGAAGUGUGCUACAGCGACUUGGUGUUGAGCGUCGAGAGAAAGGAGCCGUUUGGCUCCUCACUGCAGGUGAGUUUCAAAAACAGAAGACUGACGCUGUCCGUGACGGUGAUGAACAGAAAAGAAAAUGCGUACAACACCAGAGUGACCGCUCGCUACUCCAGCAAUCUGUUCUACUCCUCCGUAACGCUGCCUAGCGAUGGUACUGAGGUCAAAUGCACGUCCAGUAAAGACACGGAAAUCGUCAUGUGUCAAGUGGGAUAUCCAGCGCUCAGGACUGACCAGUCGGUAACAUUUGAGAUCAGUUUUGAAUUUAAUUUUUUAAAAUUGCAAAAAGAAGUCAAAGUGGUCUUUGAAGCACAGAGUGACAGUUCAGAGGAAACUCCAGCAGAUAACACCAAGACGGUGAUGAUCCCAGUCCAGUACGAGACAGAGAUCAUCCUCAGCAGAGAAGCCAAUAUGAUUGUUCACAUAUUUGAUGAAAAGGAUGAAAUAAUAAAUCCGGUAAAGACGUAUGAUGACAUCGGCCCAGAGCUCACGUUCAUCCUGAAGGUCUCCGGAGCAGUUUUUCCAGUCAAUCUGGUUCACCUCAAUGUCUCGCUGCCCAUCACCACUAAAUUAGGGAAUCAGCUGCUGUAUAUAACCUCAGUGGAGGGAACACCUACGACUGAUGUUCAGUGUGACACCCAAGCGCUGAUUGAUCCGUUCAACAUCAGAGAGAAGGAAUACACACUCAAAUUCACCCCAGAGAGCUUCAGAGGAACCAGUCACCUGGACUGUGUCUCGGCCAAGUGUCAGGAGCUGAAGUGUGUGCUGAAAGACCUAGAUGUGAAAAGUGACUACAAUAUCAAAGUGUCUGCGAGGAUUUGGAACGAAACAUUAGCCAAGGCUGAUUUUCAGUCAGUUAUAUUAGACGUGAACGCUCGUAUCGAGACGUCUCAGCCUGAUCUACUCGUUAUCGCACACAAACAUGUGAUGGUGGAGCUCACUGUGAGUAAGCCAGGUGCUAAAGGUGACAUACCUGUGGGUGUGAUAGUGGGCAGCGUGAUAGGAGGUUUACUGCUGCUGGCUCUCGCUGUCGCAGCACUGUGGAAGUUCGGCUUCUUUAAGCGUAAAUACCAACAUCUCCAGAAGAGUGAAGAUGGGGCUGAAGCAGAAGGUCUACAGAACGGGCCCUGAACUGAUCCCCCCGUCUGUCUAAAGUCUGAUCUCACAUCAGCUCCGGUCAGAGAUGUAACCCUCAGAGACACGGAGAUCAGACCAGCGGCAGUGAGGAGGAGGAGGAGGAGGAGGAGCUUCAUCCACACACCAGCAAAAGGAAACAAUCUGCUUCGAGUAAAAACUUUCUGAAGCCACAAAGAGACAACAAUCCGGCUGUAUAUAAAAUCCUCUCUUCUGCCGCUUGUCUUCAUCACUGAACAACGUUUCAGCUUUUACUCCGAGCCUCUGAACGAACGUAAGCGACGUAAGCGACGGGUAACAGACUUCAUUUCCUUUUUGGUUUUCAUCUUUAUUUGGAAACACUGUAAAUAUCAUCAGCAGAGAAAUAUUGUUGUGAAUGAGAACAACACACAGACUGCACUGAGCUUUAGCCCAAAAACUAGUUUUAUUCACCAACACAGAACAACAUUAUUAUAGAAAUGAUCCCAUAUAAGGACAAGAAGAGUUUCCCCUGUUUAGGUUUUUUUUUUCUUUUCAAAAGAGUAAAAAAAAGUCAAAUUAUUUCGGCUCAUCAGAUCACGACGUGUAGCAUUUGUCACGAGUUUCUUCACAGCCUUUAAUAACGUCAUACUUUAGUUUGUAAUGUUUAUAUGUUUCAGCGUCGACAUUUUUCAUAUUCGUUUCAUCAUUUAUUGUGGAUUUGUUUUAUCUGUAAAUCUUAUACUACUGAAUCCUUAAUAGUGUAAAUGCUUUUCGCUUGCGGAAAAUACAGUACAGUCGAGUGCAAAAGUUUUCACCCCCCUUUAAUCAAGACUUCUAAUCAAGGGCCUCAUUUAUCUUUAGACAGCUAGUGCAAUCAAAGAACAUUUAGCCACGCCCACAAAAUUCCAUAAAAGGUCAAGAGGGCUACAAAUGAAAAGACCAGACAGUGGCACAAAAUAUCCAGUAACACAGUUCGUCUACUGUAUUAUUUUAAUAAGGCGCCGAUCCUUUCGUUCUAAUCGGAUGUCUUUCCGUCGUUCGUAUGAAGCGACCGAGCUUGAAAAAUAAGCAUUAAACGAUUUACGGACAUUUUCCCGAAUGAAGCUCCUGUGAAUGAUUUUUCAAAUAGAUUCAUUCGUACGCAGAGUGAUAAAGGAGGCUCAGUGAGGUACGAUUAAAAAACAGUCUCACACACACAUACACACACGCAAACACACACACAAACACACACACACGCAAACACACGUAGCUAAACAGUUUUCAAGCUGUAUAAAUGUACAUUAUGUUUCCUCUAAACAUGCGGUGAUGAAAAUAUUUGCCCUCGACUGCACAUCCAGCGUUAAUACAACAUGCAUGUACAAAUACAACAUGAGUACAAAAGUCUUAAAAAUUAGUUUAAAGGUCAUUCAUGAAACUGAGAAAAAGAAAAACCGACAAGAAACACGGUAAAAAAUUAACGAAUCACAACUGUGUGUGUGUGUGUGUGUGUGUGUGUGUGUGUGUGUGUGUGUGUGUGUGUGUGUGUGAGAGAGAGUUAGAACAUCUAUUUGUCUAUAUAUACAGUAUAUACACAGCUGCAGUCAAUAGUUUUAACAAACACACACAAACACACACGUAACUAUGAUUGUGAUUAAUACAUUUUUGUGGUGGUCGACGCCUCAGCACUUUGACCCGGUGUGUUUCCUGUUUCUUUGUCCUGUUCUUCAGUUCUCAGAAAUCUCACAUGAAUCAUUUCUAUUCUGAAUUUUUAUUUUCCUCUAAAGCUGCUUUGGGACAAAAGUCCAUAGAAUUGAAUAGAAUUUAAGCUUCAUGUACAGGUCCUUCUCAAAAAAUUAGCAUAUUGUGAUAAAAGUUCAUUAUU